UCUUUGCGAUCUCUCCCUAGAGAUAGUCGUCGCCGCUGCCGAGCCAAGUUCCGGCGAAUGGUAGCUAUUCGCACUCUUCCGGCGACAUCGGUCGCCGCGACCUCGCCUCUCCAUUUUCCUCUAACAUAUAGUUAGGGCAAAGGUCGAGCCCUAGUUCUUCUCUGUUCGGUACAACCCAGCCGUCGCCAUCUCAGGGAGACCGGCGAGCUGCGCGACCUAGAGCCCGCCCAUCGUUGUUGGUGGUCCGAGGAUCGGCGAGCCUAUGGUGUUCUACGGCCGAUUCUCUUCUCAACUCCACAUAUAUAAAAAAUCAAUUCCUACCCCCCAUCAAAUUUCCCCAAAUUGAACCUGGAUCCAGACCUUACUCUGCCUCGCUCCACCUCGGUCGGCCUCGCUCUGACUUGCACCGCCUGCUCCUGGAAUAUUGACGCCAAAUCCUAGAUUUGUGGCCAUGCUGUGAUGAAGAGAAGAAACGGGUCAGAAAGAUGGGCUAGGGUUUUCCAGACUCCAGUCUUCGCGCGCCUCCACGAUCUGCCGCGCCGCUUCCUUUUCAGACCGCCGUUCGUCUGUCCACUGGCAACUCACGCACACCGCACACACACGGUUGUAUGCCUUUGAUGUCCACUGCAACUCUUUCUUCCCUAUGUUCCUGUUGCUUUAUGUUGUUCAUUAUUUUAUAUCACCACUUUUGGUUGCUCAUGGUUUUAUACCCGUGUUACUGUCAAAUUUGCUCUUCAUGGCAGCCAUUUCCUAUUAUCAUUACCUAAAUUUUUUAGGUUAUGCAGAGUGUAGAAUCUAAAUACUCCCCUGCACAGAAAGCAACUAUUGUUGUGUUUACUAGGUCUACAGAGACUGGUCUUUUGAAGGGAUUCCGUUCAGAUGCAAAAGAAUCACAUGUAUCUGCUCGAGUUAUGUUGGCAUCAAACCAAGUUGGUUGUCUAUUGGGAAAAAGAGGUGCAAUAAUUUCAGAGAUGAGAAAGAUGACUGGUACUAGCCUAAGGAUCAUUGGGGGCGACCAAGGUCCAAAUUGUGCCUCUGAAAAUGAAGAGGUUUUACAGGGGAUUAUCUCUCACAUUCUCUAUUCAACAAUAUAGAAUGAAUUUUGAGCGUGCGCAGGCUGAGAUUGCUAAGAUACGAGAACUGGAUGAUGACGAGAACACUGAUACUUCUACUGAGAAUUUUGGAGAUUGAUGCAGAUAGACCACUUGAAGGAGAGCGUUGGUGGUUAAAAGCAGAAGAUCCUUUUCAAUGUUUGGCAGCAUGCAUUAACCUUGCUGAGGCCCUUAGAAGUCCAUCUCCCGAGACAAUAAUAUCUCAUAUUCCAGUCCACCAAGAUGGUUCUUGCAAUGGUUUACAGCAUUAUGCUGCCCUUGGUAGGGAUAAGCCAGGGGCAGCUGCUGUUAACUUGGUUGCUGGAGAAAAGCCCGCAGAUGUUUAUUCAGGAAUUGCUACGAGGGAUGUUACUUUCAAAAAGGGAGGAAGAUCAAGAUGGAGAUGAGCGCGAAGGAAGCCUUUGAGAGGUCGAUGAGGACUUUGUCGGAGUGGAUAAGCCAGAAAGUGAAUCGAAAUAUGUAAUGAUCUUAGAUACUUGAUACUUGGUUCAUUCGGAUGAUAAUGUACGAAUAUUUUGGAUAAUAUAUAAUAUUGUUAUUGUUGAUUUUAUCA